AACCCACGUGUGCACGGCGGGCCCGCCUGCUUAGUACUGCUGCUGACAACCCAACGAGCGAGCCUAGGAUUAACAAGCAGCCCGGAGCCCUUGCAGCAUGGCGGGGCUGCUUUAUCCGCACUGCUGCACCGCCACAGCUGUCAACAUAAUGCUGGGGGUCUUCCACGUCCUCCUGCCAUGUCUUCGUCAAGGAGGGGGGCAAGUUAUCGAACCUGUCCCCAGUAUGGUGGAGCUAUGGCAAGCAGAAGAAGGAGAGCUGAUGCUUCCAACUCAGGAGGAGACAGAGCAUAGCACAGGGGAGCAUCCAAAGGAACAAAACUUUGUCAGGCCUAGUGGGAGGGCCUUACAUCUACAACCUUCUGUAUUGGAUUUUGGAACUCAGUCAUUGGGUCUCCCCAAAGCUCAAACCUUCUGUGCUUUCAACCCAAGUAGAGACACAGAUGUUGAAGUGAAUUCUGUGUUUACAACUAGCAGGCAUUUCCAUGUGUCUCCCAUACAGAGCAGGGUAAUUUCAGCCAGAGGGAAAUCUUUUUUUACGGUUGUCUUUCUACCAGAUGAGGAGGGCAGUUUUGAAAGUUUCUUAUAUGUAAAUACUUCCUCUAAUGGAAUUCUGUCCUACCAGGUGUUUGGGGUGGGAGCCCAUAAUUCUGGCUCUGAGAAUUUCAAGAACUCCGAUGUUAGGUUUCCACAUAUAACAAAUAUCCAUCUUUCACAACCACAAGGAGAUGCCAUAAAUUCCAGUGUUUGGCAAGUCCGUCUUAAGUGCAGCAUUUCUUUUAGAAAAGAACAGCAGUUUACGAGCUGCUUUCUGUCUGAACACUCUCUGCUGCUUCAGAUCUAUUUUGCUGUCAGGCUGGACGGCAGCCAACAUGACUUGGAGACUCUCAGGAAAUACUUACUGGAGAAUAUUUUUAUGAUCUUUGUAACAGCUGACCAAAAUGGAAGCAUUAGUGACCCCUUUAUGAGUAUAUACGUGUUAAAUUCUGGGAAUGGUCUUGUUCAUAUGCAGGAUAUUCAUCAUUUUCUAGGUGAUACUUUAUCGGUGAAGUUUGAGCCUGUGAUGCUUCUGAGUUCUUCCAUAAACUUUACAAAGGCAGCCACCAUUUUCUUCUCAGCUACCUCACAUGAUGCAGAAUGCUCAGAAAAUAAGAAGCUGAAUAUCCCAGAAGCUGUUUCCCCCCCACACCUGUGUGUUUCUCAUAAGGUGGCUGAUGGAUUCCUUCAGUUUGACACUAGGAAAGUGUCAUUUUACAUGCAGCCACUUCAGGAUCCUAUUGGACUAUGGUCAGUUUGGCUGGAAAACAACCUAAAUGUUCCCAUUACCCUUAACGAGGUAUUAGUGGCACAAGAUGCAGAUGGCCUCUUCCAGAUCCUCAACUUUACCCAUUUGUUGGCAUUACUUCCGGGCUGCUGGGAUGUGUUUACGCUGAAGAUUCAAGAGGACAUGCUAUUAAAUUUCCUAACUAAGAUCUCCAUAAUCACUUCCUUUGGUGCCAUAUUUGAAAUUCCUCUUCACUUUCAGCCUGCUAUUCCACAGCCAGCAAACAUGCAAUUUAAGAUGAUCGGUGAAUGUGGAAUGCACCCAAUAAUCAGGAGUUUAGAUGCUGAAGAAACGCUUCACUGGCAGCAGAGUCUUUCCCUUGGUGCAUCUGCUUGGACCAUAGAUUAUGAGUUGGGAACAGUGCUUUAUGAAACUUAUCGGCAAAUGCAAGAUGGGGAGGCUUGCAGGAUAAAGAGCUCAGAAUGUGCCAAAAUUGCACAAGAGAAGAGAGAUGCGGAAAGUUCGUUUACAUUUCUGCCACAGUUAAUUGCCAAACCUGGAAUUGUGGUGAACUUCACUGCAACUGCACUAAGUAACAGCUCGAUAAAAUACAUUACACUAAUGAAUCCUUCUUCCUUUCCUGUGAUGGUACAACUCCUACCUCUGUCCCAUUAUCCUAAUCCUCAAGCUGCUUUACGCCUGCUCAGCAAAUGGUAUGGUGUAAGUGAGCAAGCUAUUGAUCUCACAACUGCUGAAUUCACACUUCAAAAGCAAUGCAAUUAUGGUAACCAUCAACUUGAAAACUGUACUGUUGAAGUUCUUGAGUUACAACUAUUGCCUUGGGAAAGUCAGAGAGUUGGUGUGGUCUUCACUCCGCUUGACUACCGAAAAAUUACCUCACUGAUCGUAAUCAGAGCUGAAGGAAAGUAAACAAAUCUUAUCCAUCACUAAAAUCUUUAAAGUUGAAAAUAUUGGAUCACUUCCAAUAACAAUAUCGUCAAUGAAGAUAAAUGGGUAUAAAUGCCAGGGAUUUGGGUUUGAAGUCCUGGAUUGCAACACAUUUUCUCUGAAACAGAACUCUUCACGAGAUAUCGCUAUUGUAUUUAUUCCGGAUUUCACUUCAUCAUGGGUAAUUCGGGAACUUACACUUGUAAGUGCUUCAAACCUGGAGUUCCGGUUCACUCUCAACGUGACUCUUCCCCAUCAUUUGUUACCUCUUUGUGCAGAUGGUGUGCCAGGCCCAAGCUGGGAAAUAUCUUUCUGGAAACUCACUGUGCUGUUUGUCAGUUUGUCUCUUCUUGGAGUGAUUCUAAUAGCCGUCCAGCAAGCGCAGUAUAUUCUUACAGAAUCUUUAAAGUUGCGACAUAGAAACAGCACCAGCUCUGUCCCUCAAAAAGUUUCUAGUCCAGUGGACACCAUCACUUCAGAAUCUUACAGGAGCAGCUGUAAGACAUUCACAGACUCGUCUAAUCCUCCAGAUAAAGGGAAAGGAAAAGGCUUUCUAUCAGUAGCUGCUCCCCCAAACAGAAGCCAGAAUGCAUCCAAAAGAGGUCCUGCCACAUACAGCCAUUCUCAAAAGAAGCACAAAUGUUCUGUUAUUUACAGCAUAAAGCAGAAACCAAACAGCACAAACAGUCCCACUGUAUCGUGUGAUACAGGCCAACAGCAAACUUCAGACACACAGCCUCCCACACCAACAAAGGAUCUAAAUUGCAAUGAAGAACUUGUUACAAAGUGGACAGACUUUAAAUCUGCAGACUGCACUGAUAUGGAUACCCAAAAGCACUUAACCAACUCAGACACUGUUUUGAGCAAAGUGGAAUCUGCACUGCAAAAUCUCCUUCUCCCACAAAGGACUGCAAAUGAAAGCACUUUAAAGGAGGAGCCAUUGAUAUGUAUGUUUCCUAUGGAAACAAACCCUAAAACUUCAGAAGCUUUAUCUGAGCCCAAACAGCAGGACUUUUGUGUGCUUCCUGUCUCUAGCAAAGUAUGUGAAAAUCACUUAGUAAGGAAUGUAUCUCCUCGACAGAAUGAAUCUCAAACUAUCUCUAGGAAGAUGGAGGACCAUGAGAUACAGCCAUCUUCUAGCACAUGCAGAGAAAAUGUUGGCGAAAUGAAAAAGCAAUCCUCCAGAGACAUUACAAAUGAUAAAAUUCAUUGCAAUGCACCCAGAGAAGAGAGAGCUUCUGGAAAAUCAGAAGUGUCUUUAGCAAAGCUUGAAGAACCCCCCUAUAGGAAGAAAGGUCCUAAUGAGAAGAGAGAUGGAGUUUUUCCAAAUUUAAACUGGAGUAAAAACAGGACAUCUACCAGAAAAAAUAAAAAGAAAAACAGUGUAUUCCCUGCAAGAAGUUCAGAACCUCACAGUGAUUUGAAAUCUAAAUAUCAAGAAGUAGAAAGGACAGAAUCAAGAGUUCAAAUCCGAGGCAAGAACUGGAAUCCAAUGAUAAAUGGGGAUGUUUGCAAAGGUGAUCAGAAAGCUGGAAGACUACACACAGGUGGCGAAACAGAAUGUUAUCAGGGUCUCCGAAAGAAAUGUGUGGAAAAGGUUUCUUCUGACUCCAGCUCUGACUGUAGCAGCUCACGAGGCAGUGUGCGUGCCAGCCGUGGUAGCUGGGGCAGCUGGAGCAGCACAAGUAGUUCUGAUGGAGAUAAGAAAAAUAUUAUUCCUUCACGGCACUUCUUUCCACCAAGGGACAACAGAUCGCACAGUGUCUUUCCUGUGGACCCUCCAAUUUCAUUGAAUCUUUCUCACAGCAUUUGCAACACCAGUUCAGAUAAAAAUUCCAUCACUCAUUACCCGGAAAUAAUAUCACCUAGUUUAACUGAAAGUGAGAAAAACCAAGGUUUGUUCUCCCAGGAAGAUGUUUGGUCAACCCAGCCAAUUUGUAUGACAAGUGACUUAAACUAUAACGCUGAAAACACAGUCUCUUGUGUAAUGCGGAAUCCACCUCCUGUGCAGAACGACUUUAUCAAUUGGAAUUCUACGUGUGAUAGUCAGUUCUCUGGAAUGUAUGGUCCUUUGGAGUUAAAUAACUACAACGCUUUUACUGAAGAAAACAUGAAUUACCACAACAGUUUUCCAUGUUCUGACGUUCAAAACCCUGCUUUUAUCGAUCACCAGUGCCAUUCUACUUGGAAUAUGAGCACAUCUGCAGCACCUCCGGCUCCAUCUCCAGUACCCAGUGCUUGGGAACCAGCCAGCUUUGUCAGCACUUCACCUUAUCUCUCCAGCACCAGAAGUUUAUCUCCUAUGUCAGGACUUUUUGGUUCGAUCUGGGCACCUCAGAAUGAUUUGUAUGAUGGUUACUGUGCUGUCAGCAGCUCUCCACCCCAUUCAGACCGUAUUGGGAGUCACUCAGUAUUGUGCAAACAGGAAUACUCUCCAAGGUUUAAUCCUUUUCAUGCCUAUAUGAACCUGGACAUUUCAACCACAGCUGCAAACAGGAAUACAAACUACCCAAUUUCCAGGGACUCUGGAUACUGUGGGAACAUGUGAACAGAAUUCAAUCAAGAAAAUGUGAAUAACUAAGUUUGUGGUUUUGAUCACUAGAGUGAGCAGUUUUGUUGGAAUAGAUUACAAUAUUGUUAAAACUUUUGGCACUUUUUAUAUGGAUAAUAAAUUUCCCUCUUUUUUUUUUUUACUGAAA